UACAUAUAUAUAUCAAGAAUUCAGCAAUGGCUGCUCGCGUUAACGUUCUUCUGUUAGCUUCUCUAGCCAUGUUGUUUGCCUAUGCCUUGGCAUCUGACAGCAGCCCCCUUCAAGACUUUUGUGUAGCUGAUCCAAUGAGCACAGUGAUGGUGAAUGGCUUGGCUUGCAAGGAACCCGAAAAGGCUCGAGCCAACGAUUUCUUCUUCAGCGGGCUUAACGUUGCAGGUAACACGUCGAAUGCAGUUGGGUCUAGAGUGACAGCAGUGAAUGUAGCACAAAUACCUGGACUCAACACUCUUGGCAUCUCCCUUGUCCGCAUUGACUACGCGCAGUGGGGUAUCAACCCUCCACACACCCAUCCUCGCGCCACAGAAAUCUUGACAGUCCUUGAAGGCUCACUGGAAGUUGGUUUUGUCACUUCAAAUCCCGAAAACCGACACAUCACCACGGUACUAAAGAAGGGUGAUGUGUUUGUGUUUCCGGUCGGUCUCGUACAUUACCAGAGGAAUGUAGGAUUGGGGAAUGCUGUUGCUAUUGCUGGUCUUAACAGCCAAAACCCUGGUGUAAUCACAAUUGCAAAUGCAGUGUUCGGGGCUAAUCCGGAAAUCGACAGGGAUGUUCUUGCCAAGGCAUUCCAGUUGGAAAAGAAUGUCAUUGCUUACGAGCAAUCCAAGUUCUGAUUAACCUGACAAAGGAGCAUGUUAUACCGUAUUGAGUCUCUGUGAUUUUCCAUUCUGUCUGUUUGUGUCCUAGAAAUGUGUUGCUUGAUUGAUUUUCUUUGAUUUGUCCUUACUGUAUGGAAUUCCAUCCUGAUGUUUUUAAUCCAAGUGAGUUGAAUGUUUUUUUUGGAUUGGAGUAAAGUUUCAAGACUUACUGAAAUUGAAGUUCUGGUUGUUUGGGAAGUAAGCUAUGGAUCUGAAAAAAGAAGAAGAAGAUGAGUUGUUGGAGAAGGUCUUGAAGGAGCAUGAACAAAGAUAAUACUGGGAUGAUAAGGACAAAUCCUUGCUCUCCAUUGGUGGUGGAGUCA